GAACACCUCCCCCACGUGUAACCUCCAACCAAAGGCCAGAAAUCACCUCUUCUCGAGAGAUGACGAAAUCUAGCCGUCGAUUUCUGGGAGCACCGGCGGUUGUUGGGGCGGUAUAUAUAUCCAAGGAUUCUUACCGAAUCGAUCGGGAAUGAAAAGAACCUCCAUUUUUCUCUGCCCCAGAAUUCGCCAAGGACGAGCGCUCGAGAGAUCUUUGAGGUCCGAUCAAAGGAUUUCUAGGGUUUCUUCCGUGAUUCUUAGGGUUUCCAUCGUUUGGAAAUCGGACCCAGGCUUCGGAUUUCGAGGUAUCUUUUAGGGAUUUUGCGCUACAAUUUGCUGUAAAGGGAGACUGCUCUAGAGGCUACUCGGUCCCGGGUUUCUGUCUUUUAUGGCCCUGGAAUGCCAGGAGGUUGGAGAGGCAUCACCAAAGAAUUCUUUCAGUAAUCCGUGGGGCAAAGAAAUCACUCGACCCAGCACCAGAGACUAUUUUCCUUCCGCCAGUUCAAACCCCAAUUCCAAUAAGAAAUCCCCGAACAAAUCUGUCAUACCAAAACUUGUUUGUGGUUUACCUUCGAAGAAAGCUGAAACGAAGUCUGGAAGCAAAGGAACUGAUCAUGCGAGUCCUAAUGGAGACCAUCGGUCUUUCACCGAUCUUCCUUCUGCUUUGGUGUCCGAGAUCCUCCGGCGUCUUGAUGCCAAAGAGCUUGGAAUUGUCUCCUGUGUCUCUCCCCUUCUCCACAGCUUAGCAUCGGAUCAUCAGGGCUGGAGGGAUUUCUAUUGCAACAGGUGGGGCCCACCUCUGGAUUUGAAUGCUCCUCCAGUGUCAGGCUCUCCGAACCAGAAAUCUUGGAAAGAGCUCUUUGUAGAGAGGGAGUUCAGGAGCAAGUCGUUCAUGGGGCGUUUCAGCAUUGAUGCGCUCCAUGGUCACACAGAGGCUGUUCGUGCUGUAUUUCUUCUGCGGUCGGCAAAGCUCAUAUUCACUGGAGGGUAUGACUCUGUGAUUCGUAUGUGGGACAUGGAAGAAGGCUUCUCCAUUGCAGUGUCUCGUCCCCUUGGUUGUACCAUCCGAGCUAUUGCAGCUGAUUCUGGGCUUUUGGUAGCUGGGGGAACAGAUGCUUUUCUCCAGUGCUGGAGGGCAAUUGAAGGGAAUCCCCAUCUGUUUAACAUCACAGGUUCCACCAUGAACCAGAAUUAUGACUUCCGUCUUUGGGGGCAUGAAGGUCCUGUAACUUGCCUCGCGUUGGAUUCUGCCAGAAUUUACAGUGGCUCAUGGGAUAUGAGUGUUCGUGUAUGGGACCGGGCUCGAUUGAAAUGCUUGAGGACAUUGAGGCAUGGAGACUGGGUGUGGGCUCUUGCUCCUCGUGGAGGCACUAUUGCUAGCACAGCUGGUAAAGAUGUCUAUGUUUGGGACAUUGAGCAUGGAGACCCGAUAACUGUAAUCAGUAAUGCUCAUGUGGGCAAUGCACAUUGUUUAGCCCGGAGCCACUUGGGGGAUCUUUUGUUCACAGGAGGGGAAGAUGGUGUCGUUCACAUGUUUGAGAUCACCGAAAACUGUGAUGAUGAAGACAUCGGGCCAGCUGCUACUUGGAUUCCCCAUACUGGUCCUGUACAUUCUCUUGCUUUCGAGUUUCCUUGGCUCGUGUCCUCUUCAAGUGAUGGUAGACUUGCACUGAUUGAUGUGAGGAAACUGUUGAAGUCAAGCCAGUGUUCCUUAUCAAGGCAAUGCGUCAGGGUCAAGCAGUCUGCUCCAGAUGUGGUGGAACCUCCCCAGAGAAUGCUGCACGGAUUUGGGUGCAAUCUUUUCUCCGUGGAUAUUGGUGCUGAUAGGAUCGUAUGUGGUGGUGAGGAAGGUGUGGUUAGGGUCUGGAACUUCUCGCAGGCACUGGAGAUUGAGAGAAGGGUUCAAGCUCUGCGAAGCAUCAGGCAGGAGAACCGGAUGAGGCGGCGCAAGGCUCAGAUUGAAAUGAAUGGCAACACUGGGCGAACUGAUCAGUGUUCGGUUGCAGCUAAGAGGAAUCAGUUGAACGGGGACCGGAACGGUAUUUGGCAUAGUAAGCGUGGCGUGAGCGGGAAACUCAAGGCCUAGAGAUAGGGAUUUCAACCUCUCACUUCAAUUUCAAAAAACACUCAUUUCACUGAAAGUUGUAGAAUGAUACUUAAGUCUUUUAGUUUCAGCUUAGCAUGUAGUGCUUUCUUUAACUUGAAUCUCUUCUUUCUAGUUUGCUGCUGUAAUUUGAUGUUGCCUUUACUUAAUACAGAUCGUCAAUAGCCCUUUCUUUUUGUUA